CAUGGCACAACCACCCCUUUCAGAGGCGAAUAAUGGUAUGGUCCAACCUGGUACGGCUCGGAGUGGUGCUGCUGUGUUUAGACUUUCUCUCCUUGGUUUCCCAGCCGGGUACUGAGCGGCAGACUCCAACUUAUUCUGAAAGCACGGAACUGUUAAAUAGCACUUCCCGGAGACAAGGUGCAUUAUCGUUUUCGCCUGCACGUUGAGGUUUGGAGAAUAAACGCAGCGAAGAAGUUUGUCUCCAUCGCCACCAGAAAUGAAGACCUCAGUGAAGAUGGUUUGGGGGUAGAUUAAUGGCGUUCGAGUUUGAAUUAGAACGGAUCAAGGUGAGGAAAAACUUCACUCGGAGCUGACUGUUCCAGACUGACAUUGCGCACAGAUGGUAACAGACAAGAUGCGCCUGUUGAGCACAUCGUGCUGGUGUCAAAGCGAAGGAAUCCGAAUGAAUGCAUUCACGUCCGGUUUGAUGCAGCUACUUCUUCUCCUAACUGUCAUACUUUCCUGUCAAGGCUGUCCGGAAAAAUGCGCAUGUUCCGGGCAAACAGUAAAAUGCCAAAACCAGGACUUGAACGCAAUUCCACAUUUCAUACCGGCCGAUUCCAAGUUCCUUGUGAUCACGGGAAACAACAUUUCAAGCAUAAAAAAUGACUCUUUUCCCAGCCGCCUGGAUUUAUUAACAGACCUUGAUCUCAGUGACAAUGAGAUGGAGGCUGUGGAGGAAAUGGUGUUUCAUAACUUGCCAAACAUGGAGUGUCUAGACCUGAGCAACAAUAAAAUACAAACUUUCAGCGAAAAGGCUUUUCCAGAUGAUGACAAAUUGCAGGUGUUGAACCUCAGCAGGUCUUUUUACAAUCAUUCCUCUGUGAGCGGGCUCCUGAAUGUCCUAGAGAAUGACAAACUCCUCCAGCUGACAGUCUUGGACCUGUCCGACAACGAUCUUGUGCUUCUGCCAGAUGAUUCAUUCACGAGUUUAUCCAACCUGGUCAACCUCAGCUUGCAGAACACCUCCAUCAUCUCCGUCCCUAAGGGGAUACUAAAGGUGCCACGACUGCAAGACCUUGACCUGAGCCACAACAGUCUCAGGAAUAUUCCUUACACCACCCUGAUGGAGUUCAACCUGAAGCCAGAUCUUCAUAUUCGCCUGGACGGGAAUCCCUGGCGUUGUGACUGUUCUAUUGAGGAUUUGUUGGUGUGGCUGAAGAACUCCACUCAGGUCACGGACAUGAAGGACCUGACCUGUGCAGAGCCUGAGCGUCUGAGGCGCCGGCCACUAUUACAGGUGGAGCAGACCCAGCUGAAGUGUUCGGGCAACAUGGAAGAGGCAUCAAGCGCUGGAUGUACAACAUCCGGGAUGCUUGUAGGGACCACAUGGAGGGAUAUCAUUACAGUCUCGCAAUCUCUGCUGGUACAUUGUGAAAAUGGAUGGCCUCCCGUCGUAGUCAAUUCCCCAAAAGACCAACAGCCAGGAGUCCUCCACACACACAUCCAUGAGAUUUUUGCCCCGCCACGCCUCAAGCAAUGCUUGGCAGCACAUUGUAAUCACAGUGGAAACAAGGAUCGAAUGGUCUUGGGAGAAUCAGAAUCCUCUCUAUUGGCCAAAUAUGUAAGAAGAACAGACUUGAAAUUUUUCUCUGGCCAUACAGGCCGAGUAUUGCUGAUAUUGAUACCAAUACGUACUUUACAAGAAUUAAGUUCCAUAGCGCCUGCCUGAAGGAAGGACCUGCACGAGGUGGUCACCGGGAUGUGGAGGAUUGAAGAACAUUUUGACUGCCUGUGUGUUAGUUUUCAGCGUCCAAGUCUUCAAGAGUGGGUAAGAGGGAAGCGCCAGUCUUGGCAGUCCUGAAUGUUUGUUGCAGCCGGAGUUAGCCGUUCUUUGUGGCAGCACUUAACCAGACUGUGAUGGAUGAACACAGGACUGAUUCAAUGACUGCCUCAACAGCUCCUGUGGUAAGCCGUGCUUCCUCAGCAGUUAGAGGAAUUACAUCUCCUGCUGGGCCUUUUUACAGAUGGAAUAAAUUAUCUUCUCUCACUGAAGAGAUUCAUUCAUGGGAAUCUGAAGGUCUUGAUGGACGUUCGACACAGAAAAAUAGGACAGCGUAACGAACAAUGUUUCUUGAACUCCACAAACAUCUUUAUAGCAUGUUCAUCUCCAAGUGGUGUUGGCUGCAACAGAGCACCAGUCAAUAUGCAGACUCGUCAUCGUCGUUCAUGAGGCCGAUGAUCGUGGUAGUGUCUUCAGACUUUGGGGGUUUGUGUUGAAGUGCACUUGUGUGGAGGGCGGGGAUGGACAACUGGCAGCUUGCAGGUAGAUUGAUUUACAUAAUAAACACAUACAAAAAAAAAAACAUGUUUUCCAUACGAGAAAAAAAUGGAAACUAUCCCAAAUAUUUUAAAAAAUUA